CAAAUUGAAAGUUCUUUACAGGUUGUGUAAUCUUUAGAACACACUUCUCAUAUCUAAACUCGGCUGUACUGAAGCGGUUUGAAAAGCUGUUUCUAUUUAUUCUUGAAAGAGUCUGAGAGCUGAACUGAAGCACAAAGACAGAGUGCAGGUGAAAGUGAAAGCAGUCAGAAUGUUGAGGCUUGUUCUGGUUGGGAUGACUGGAGCUGGGAAGAGUGCAGCAGGAAACACAAUCCUUGGCAAGAAGGUGUUUUUAUCCAAGUUUUCUGCUGGUUUGGUGACGAAGGCGUGUGAGAAGAGGACAGGGGAAGCUGCUGGGAGGCCUGUAGCUGUGAUUGACACACCGGGCAUCUCUGACACACAGACCCCUAAGGCAGCUGAACAGGAGAUUCUGAAAUGUCUUGAUCUCUCUGCUCCUGAACCCCACGCUUUCCUCCUGGUGAUGCAGCUGGGACAAAUGGCAGGGGUAAAAAAGAAAACAGUAGACCUGCUGCAGGAGAAGUUUGGUGAGGAAGUUGUGAAGAAAACCAUCCUGCUUUUCACACGUGGGGAUGAACUGAAAGGCACACCGAUUGAGGAGUUCAUAAAAGAAAAUAAGGAAUUCCAGCAGCUUGUUAAGAAGUUUGGAAACAGGUACCACGUCUUCAACAAUGAUAACAUGCAGGACCGCACCCAGGUCAAUGAGCUGCUGGAGAAAAUAGACAGCAUGGUAGAAAAAAACAAGAUUGGUCUAAUCCAGGAAUGUCAAAAGCCACCCUCAGAUUCAGCAUCUGAAAACAGGAAGCUGAGGCUGGUGAUGGUUGGGAAGACUGGUAAUGGUAAGAGUGCCACUGGAAACACCAUCCUGGGCAAAAACAUGUUUCUAUCUGAAGCUGCUGCCAAAUCAAUAACAAGGACGUGUGAGAAGGGAGAAGGGGUGGUGGCUGGCAGACACGUGUCAGUGGUUGACGUGCCAGGCUUGUAUGACACCGCUCUCUCGCAAGAAGAUAUAAGAAAAGAGAUCACUAUGAGCAUCGCCCUGUCUGCCCCAGGACCCCACGCUUUCCUCCUGGUGAUAAAGGUUGAUCGAUUCACAAAGGAAGAGAAGAAAGCAGUGAAGCUGAUCCAGGAGAUCUUUGGGCAGGAGGCAGCAAAGUACACAAUGGUCCUUUUCACUCAUGCAGACAAACUGAAAGGCAAGACAAUUGAAACAUUUCUAGAGGAGGACAAGGACCUCAAAAAGCUAGUUAAGAAGAAGUGUGAGGACCGGUAUCACAUCUUGAACAAUGAAAACCUGAGAGACCGCACCCAGGUCACUGAGCUACUGGAGAAGAUAGACAGCAUGGUGAAGGCUAAUGGAGAUGGCUGCUACACCAGUGAGAUGUACCGGAGAGCAGAAGCAGUGAUCAGACGAGAGCAGGGGAGGAUAAUGAGGGAGCUGGAAGAGGGAGGAAAACAAAGAGAAGGAGAGAGGAAACUGAGAGAAAAGGAGGAGGAGGACAAGAUUAAAAGACAGCUAGAGGAAGAGAGGAAAAUAAUGAAAGAAAAGUUUGAGAGAAAGAAUGAAGAAAGAAAAAAGAAAGAGCAGGAAGAGCAACAAAAAAGAGAAGAAGAGAUGAGAGAGAAAGAAAAGGAGCUGGAGAAAGAGAGGAAAAGGAUGGAGGAAGAGUACAAAAUAAAGAAAGUGGAAAGAUUGAAGAAAGAGCUUGAGGAACAACAAGCAAGAGACAAAGAGAUGAAGCUGAGAGAAAAAGAACUGGAGGAAAAAAGGACAAGAGAGCUGGAGAAAGAGUACAAAAGAAAGUCAGUGGAAAGAAUGAAGACAGAUAUUGAGGAACAACAAAAAAGAGAAAAGAUGAAACAGAGAGAAAAAGAGCUGGAGGAAAAGAGGAAAAGAAUGAGGGACGCGUAUGAAGAAAGAAGAAAGACACAGAUUGAGGAACAACAAAAAAAAGAGGAAGAGAUGAAACAGAGAGAAAAAGAGCUGGAGGAAAAGAUAGAGAGAGUGCUAGAGGAAAAGAGGAACAGAAUAAAUGAGAUAAAGAAGGAAGCAAUGGAAAACUGGAUUCUCAUGGUUCGACCUAUCGAUUAA